AAUAAAGGAACGGCGUCUUGCGGUUUUAACAAUCCCAAGAAUUUAUAAAAAUUGGGUUAUCGUCUUUAUCAAUUCUGCAUAACAUUACGAAAUAUAUCUAAUCAUCACUUAUAAUUUGGUGACGUAUUUAAUGACAUGACAUUUCAAACCCCGCUUAUUUAAGGUUAUGACGAGCAAUUUUGCUCAAUUGAAUUUCGAAUUUCAUGCGGGUAUUUGCAAUUUCUUAAAUUAUAUAUAAUUUCUUAAUAAACAAAUACCUACAUCAUGGCAAACCAUAACUUGGAAGAUAUAGAAAAUGUAAUUAUAAACACUGGGAACAUUUUAUCCAUAAACGAUAUCACCAAGAAACCAAACCCUAAUCCAACUGAAGAGCUGGUGGAAGCUAUAAAUAUCACAAUAAAAGAUUUUCAGAACGGUAGUGCCUUGGAUCCGCAACCAGACCAUUUACUUGUAAUUAACAGAAAUGCAGACGAUCUGACAUCGAAAGUUAACGAACAUGAGCUCUCAGAAUUAAAAAUUGGCUUGAAAAUAUUUGUAAACAACGACGAUCAAAACUUGGUGCAAGAAGCAAUUGAAAAAGCUUUCCUGACGAUAAAAGUAAAUAGUGUAGACGACGUGAUUAUAUCUUUCACGCAGAAGCAAGCGGAAGAUAAGAAAGACGAUUUGAAUCAAAUCCAAAAUGUCUGGAAAAUAUUGGAGGGUUUUGUACAAAGCCAGAAAAUUAAACAAUUGGGAAUAGCGGAUGUGGAAGAAAACACCUUUCGGGCACUAUACGAGUGGGCUGCAGUAAAACCGAGUAUUAUUCAAAUAAAUCUAGCAACGUGUUGUGUCGUACCACCGACGCUACAGGCGUUUUGUAAAGAAAACGAUUUGAAGUUGCUAACGCACAGUGAUAAUAACGAUAUCCUGCCAAAAGAUUCCAUUCAGGAUAUUUUUGGAAGGCCGUUAACGUUGAAAUGGGCUCUAAGAUUUGUAAUACACGUCAAAUGCAGGGGAGUUUUGAUUACAAAAGGUUAUCUGUUGAAUUUAGUUAAGAAUUAAUACGAAAUGUAUGUGUUUAUACGUUUUUAGAGAAAUAUUAGUCGCGUUGGAUAGAAAUUUGCAUGAAUGUAGUUAUUUGAGCUUCUAAAAUGUUAAUAAAUCUUUAAAAAGGGUGAGAAUUAGGUGAGUAACACCUAUUAUUUGUACUUAUAAGCAUUUAUUAUUUUGUAUUUAUUACGAGCAAUCAGUAUUCCAAAAUUAUACACCUGUUUUAUAUUUUUACAAUUUUAUGUAUAAGCACGUCCAGUGAUUUUGUUUAAAUAAAAAUUUUAAUUCUA